AAUAGCGAUGUCUUGUGAGCCCUUAUCACAUGAUGUUGUGUCAACAUGGCGGGCGGCGAGGUCACCAGCACGGAGUCUAACGCUAUUUACUAUGAAGUUUCUCCGACAAUUACCUGCCUUCUCCGGUUCUGUAACGUGAUCAUGGCACUAAUGAUAGUGAUAUCAUUUACCAUGUGUCUGGUGGAGGGUCACCGGAAUCAGACCUUCUACCUACUGGCCUGUAAUACCGUCAUCAGUGCGCUCGUUGGAGUAGUAGUGAACUGGUGGUAUCGAGGUGGUGAUUUGAGUUCAGAUAAAUACUGGUACCUGUUCAUCGUAGCGGCCGUGAUAACAUUUCAGUGCAUAACAACAGAUGUAUACCUGUUCAAAUCCACACCAGUCCACGACACAGACAUCCAUCCGGCAACUAUUCGGACCACUCCCCGACCUAUUAACCGGUCUACGAUUACUGCAGCCACCAUAAAGAAUCUGAUGGACUUCUACACACCCGAGCCGACUGAGUUCUAAAAACCAAAUCAAUAUGGCAGGUCUAGAGAGGCAAUCUGAGUUUUAUAAAACUCCAACCCUCCACAGGACCAGAGAGAAUUAGUUCAUCUCCACAACCAUCGUCACAUAGGCGUUAUGACUCCUCACCUGUAAUAUGAACCAGCUUUUUGUUGCAUUAGAAUACUCCGUGGACAGAUUUUACUGUCGCUUUUCCUUUGAACAAGUUUCCAUUUUCCAGAAGUAGUCUAGUCAUGUCAGUGUAAGUGAACAUUUUCACACCGCUUGAAAAUGUUUAUUCUUUUUUUUUUCCUUUUUUUUUUUUGUAAAAUUGAAGGAUAACUGACAAACAAUACCAUAUCCAGGUAGUUUUGUGUUCAUAAUUAUUAUUCCUAUUUUCUACCACAAUACACUGUCUUAUUCCACUCUCAAGCCAUUGUAUAAAUGUCCCGACUGUUGGAUAAAUGUAUGUUAUAUACCAUAAGUGGAAUAUGAUCAGUCACCAGUGUGACCUUCCCGUCUUUUGGUCGGUCAAGAAUUCGAACUUUGACGCGAGCUGCAAUUGUAAUUGACGUCAUCAAUAAUCGAAUGACGUCACAUCACCGGCUAUCACCUGUACACCUUAUUUGUAUAUGCAAAAUAAGACUUGGCAAUGUUUCACUUUGAUUCAAGCCGAUAUCAUUGUGGUAGAAACAGGUCACAGACUCGUGAUUUUUGGAUAUGGAAUUUAUUUCACACUCAGGAGUUAUUUUUUAAAAGUUACAAAAGACACUCGCUAAAGCUCGUGUCUUUGGUAACUUUUAAAAAAUAACUUACUCCUGUGAAAUAGAUUCCAUAUCCAACAACCACUCGUUGUGUAACCUCUAUAUCUUGAAUUACUACAAGUAUUUAAGAUUCUGUAAAACUGUCAAAAUUUAUCACCUACUAAGUAGUAUGUACGGAGCCUUUGAUUUUGUGUCGAAAUAUUACCAGGCUGCAAAAAAACGAUACGUUUGUUGGGUAUAGAACCCUUGGAUUUUGAAAGUACAUUAGCAAGGACCCUACACCAUUGAAUGGUGGUCAGUUUUUGCAUGGGUGAAAAUGUCAGAUUGUGGAAAUACUAAAACUAUUAGUUUCAUCAAAAUUAACUGUAAUGGGAUAAUAAUUCGAAAAUACUGAAUUCCUUAUUAAAACUGAACCCUUUCUCCCCUGGUUUUGUGUAGAAUGACGCCUGUAUAUUAUAUAUUUACAUUUCAGAAAUUCUGUUAAUCAAAUUAAGAUUUCUCCUUGUUUAGUUUACUAGAAUCUGAAAUCAAAAUCAUCUAAAUGAUUGAUGCCAACCUAUAAUAUGUGAUAUCUUGUGCAACAUGCAAAGCAUUGAAGUUACACAGAUCAAUGUGGCACCAAAAUAUUAACGUCAUCAUAUUAUUGUCAUGUGAUCUAGAAUGUAUCUAUACUUGUGUAAAUACUAUCAACAUUUUAAAAUAUAAAUAUGUCCACUAUGCCUUUGACAUGAAUUCAAAUAUUUAGGUGACCCCAUGUUCUACUGUGUAUUCUUAGUGUCAAUACAGUUCGGUUUCAAUUCCAAUCACAAUGUACUUAUUUGUUUCAAACUUAAUAUUAAUCUCUGCUGUAAAAAGCUAUUACCAGAAAUUAAUUUUGUUGUUUUCUCACAAUAUUUGACAUUUUUUUCCAGAUUUCACCCAAACAAUUUUUUUAGUUUAAAGAAAGAGACUUGACAGAUUUGUUCUAUUUUGUACAUUUUUACAAAUCAUUCAAUUUACUGACGUGAUUGAUUUGAUAGUACUUAAAUGCAAUGCUUCAUGUUGAAAUCUUAUAACACAAACUGAUGCUUCAUGUUGAAAUCUUAUAACACAAACUGAUAAUUGUUAUGUUUUAUAUUUGGUUUUCUUGGUGCAAUAUAGCUUUAAGCAUGAUCUAGGAUAUUAUAUACCCAUUUGAUUCUUAGUCCAAUACAUGACAAGGUUAGAAGUUCAUUUUCCUUAUCCAAAGUGAUUGUCAUGAAAAAUGAUCAUUGCAAUGCACACUCCUGCACCGACAUUUAGUUUUGAGAAACUGUAGAAAUAUUUGACUGAAUUAGUUAUAUGAACAAUAUAUGUAAACAUAUUUAGCUAUAGACAUAAAUGUGAAAUUAAUUUUGAAAUAAAAUUUGCAAAAGUCCAUGAAAAUCUUUUCAGCAUGAAAAUCGCUGUGGCAUCAUAAUCCUCAUCAUCGUUCUCAUCAUCGCAUAUCAAGAUUAUUAAAUCUCGUCAAGGCAGAACCCAUAAUUAUAUUGAUUAUUUGCAGUAUUUCAUUUUCGAUAAACCUUGACAUUAAAUUAUGUAAAACAAAA